AUGUGCAUUCCUUUGAGUCGAAAUGUGAGGAGUGAUCGAAUAACCUGGAAACUGGAGAGAAAAGGAUUUUAUUCUGUGAAGAGUGCUUAUUGGGUGGCUCGAGAUAUUGUGUUAGAUAAUUUGCGGGUUUCAACAUCUGUGGGUGAUCCUUUUGACUUGCUUUGGAAGGCUUUAUGGCAUGCUAGGGUACCAGGGAAAGUUCAUAUUUGUUUAUGGCAGGCAUGUAAUAACUUGUUGCCUACACGGGAUCGGUUAACUACUAAAGGGUAUACAGGAGAGUUGGGCUGUUUGUUGUGUUCUCACCCGUAUGAGGAUAGCAGACAUGUCUUUUGCGCUUGUCCGGUGGCCAAAGAGAUAUUGGGUGCUGCUCUGUUUAAUUUGCCUCUAUCUAUGUCACAUUCCUUUAGUUUCAAAGAGUGGAUGUUAGAACAGGCAACCACCAUGUCUUCUGAUAUUUUUGCAAAGCUUCUUAUGACGGUUUGGGCAUUGUGGAAGAAUCGAAAUGAGAAAUUAUGGUCAGAAAAGUCUCAAAGUGCAGUAGCUAUUUCUUUGGGUACUAUGACUUGGUAUGAAAGCUUUUUACUUAAUAGGUAUCCUAAUGGGAGGAAGCAAAAAGGCCGUGCCCACCAGUUCUGGAAGGCACCACAGGCAGUGGGCUAUGGUACUGUAGGAGGCGUCAUAAGGAAUGAUCAGGGUGGAUUUGUUGCGGCUAUUGCGCAUCAGGUUAGUCAUGUUACAGCAGCACUACACAUUGAAUUGGUGGCUAUACGAGCAGGUAUGGAUUUGUGUCAAGCUAUGAUGGUUGAUAAAGUAAUUAUUGAAAGUGAUUGCUUAGUUGCCAUCCAAGCAAUAACUUCAGAGGUGCCUGAUAUGUCUGUUUAUAGUCCUCUCAUUGAGGAUAUCAAAGUAGGUGCAAGGGUGUUUCAGGAUAUCUCUUUUGUUCAUGCUCCUCGUUCUGCAAAUUGUGUGGCUCAUAGGUUAGCUAGUCAUGCCUUUGAAAAUGAAGGUUCUUUUGAGUGGUUCGCUCAAGCUCCGGAGUUAAUUUUGGAUGCCAUUAUGUACGAUUGUAAUCAUCGUAAUUGA